AUGGUCACCACAUCCCAACAUGCGUCUCCAACACCAUCUAUUCACCCUCUUGAAGUCGUUCCUGACCGCACUGCCAUGUUUCCUGCUCCGCAGGUCGGCCUGCACACACGCACUUCUCUCGGUGACCCGUUUGGCCGACCUCUCUCGAGACCUCUAACACGAUGGAGAGUUAUUAACGGAUAUCCGGUACUACAAUCGCCUUCGAAUGGUGCCAAUCGCUCCACUUUCGCGGACACUAUCCCUGGGACGUCGGGUGGACUUUAUCGAUUCCCUUGGGUCCCAUCAGCCCCCAAAAGAUAUUUAAACCCUGUUAAUACUCUUCCUCAAAGCAUUCUUCAGCGAAUAUUCGACUUCUAUGCGGACAGCCUGCGGCAAGACACCAGUCGUUCGCCAUUCGCAACUCCCGAAACAUUACUCCAAGUCUGCAAAUGCUGGAAAGAUGCAGCAGAAUGUCACGAGAGUAUAUGGACCAAGGUGUAUAUCACUCUUAUCGACGAGCACGACGUUGGGAGAUGGAUACCGCGGAUCAAGAAAUGUUUUGCUCGAGCCCAACUCCUCACAGACAUCAGUAUCCAGGACCAGCGAGAUCUUACUUCCCCCAGAAUAUUGAACACCGGCGCUGAUCUUGACCUCUACCGUCAACUCAAGACCCGAGGGUUUCUUGCCCAUCUUAAGGAUAUCGCUUUACUGACCACCGAGCUUCAUAGUAUUAUCUCACGUUGCAGGUAUAAGGGCUUUCGGCUAUCCAUGCCACCCAGCUUUGUCGAAAUCGUUGAACAACUAGAUGACGAUGCGCGGUUAUUAGCUAGCUCGUUACUCAACAGGAUAUUUCACCUUGAUCUGCGAUUCCUUGAAUCGCUUGAGCUAGAAAAUGUUGCAUGGAUCACGCCCACAGCACGCAAAUUCAACUACCAGCAACUUCCACCUAUAUUCCAAGGACUUAGCAGCCCGCUCAAGGUACUUCGUCUCUACAACUGCUUCCUCCCCAAGAUCCCAAAUCUCGACAAACCGUGCGAGCUCUAUCUCGAACACUGCUUUCAGUGGAACCCAUCGCACAAACAAUGGGAGUCAGUCGGCCAGAUAAGCACCCUGAAUGACCUUGAUGAAGUAAAAGUCUGGAUGGAUUUACAGAAGCUCACUAUCGGUCCUCUCACCGCACGUAUUGCCCCUUUCCACGUUGCAUCCCUCCAUACGUUAGAGAUCAUAGCGUGGUGGGGACAUGAAUCGACAACACUUUCACAUAUUUGA